UGUGUUUCUAAAAUGUUUUUUGAAUUAAAUGAAGUUGAGAAAAGAAUUUUUAAAAAUUUAAGAGAAAAUUUCACAAUUUAUACAAACAAAGCAAAGAAAGGAAAAAAAUAUGAAGAUGGAGAAAUGGUUAUUUUGGAUGAAAAUAAUGAGGAAGAAAUAGUAUUUGAAGACCCGAUUUAUAUUUUUGAAUUACAGCCUUUAUUUAAUUUUGGAGUUUAUGAUUUUGAAAUAUUUAAUGAAAAUAAGAAUAAUAUUAAAAAAAGAAAAAGAGAAGAAGAUAAUGAAUGA